AUGCACGGUUAUAACGCCAUUGUUGAACAUCUUCUCGAGACCUACAAGGUCGAGCCAGACACGAAGGAUAAAAAUGACCGGACACCGCUAUCACGCGCGGCAGAGAAUGGCCAUGAUACCGUUGUUAAACGGCUUCUCGAGACCGGCAAAGUUGAGCCAGACAUAAAGGAUACGUAUCGACAAUCGACACCACUGUUAUAUGCGGCAAUGAAUGGCCAUGACACUAUUAUCGCACAGCUUCUCGAAACCGGCAAAGUCAAGCCAGACACAAUGGAUAAUAAUUACCGGACACCGCUAUCAUACGCGGCAGAGAAGGGCUAUGACACCGUUAUUAAACUGCUUCUCGGGACCGGCGAAGUUGAGCUAGACAAAUCGGUCUACUCUAGACGGACGCCGCUAUCAUAUGCGGCCGGGAAUGGUCAUGACGCCAUUGUUGAACUACUUCUCGAGACCGGCAAAGUCAGGCCAGACUCAACGGAUAAGGAUGGACGGACACCGCUAUCAUAUGCGGCACAGAAUGGCCAUGACGCCGUUGUCAUACGGCUUCUCGAGACCGGCGAAGUCGAGCCAGAUGUGAAGUACUUUUCAAGGACACCGCUUCUCGAGACCAUUAAAGUCAAGCCAGGCAUAAUGAAUAAAUGUGCACGGACACCGCUAUCAUAUGCGGCAGAGCACGGUCAUGACGCCGUUGUUCAACGGCUUCUCGAGACUAGCAAAGUCAAGCCAGAUAUAAAGUAUGAAUCGACACGGACACCGCUAUCAUAUGCGGCAGGGAACGGCCAUGACGCCAUUGUUAAACGGCUUCUCGAGACCGGCAAAGUCGAGCCGGACACAAAGGAGAAGUAUGGACAAUUCACACCACUAUUAUUUGCGGCACAGAACGGCCAUGACACCGUUUUCAAACGGCUUCUCGAGACUGGUCAGGUCAACCCAGACUCGAUGAGCUCUUUUGGAAAGACGCCGCUGCAGUACGCAAUGGAAUAUGGAUACACCAGCAUCGUGAAUCUUAUCGAGCAGUCAAAGAAGAAGAAAGGUCUGGAGGGCUAA